AUGGAAGGGCCUCGUCCCACCCCGGGCGCCCCAGGCCCCGACGGCCCCGUGCCCCGGGCAGGGGAGGGCCGUGGCGAGGCGCGGGGCGGGAAGCCGCUGUCCCCGCGGCCGGGCUGCGCGGUGGCCGUCGCGGGGCGCCCGGGCUGCCCCCCGCCCCGUCUCAGUGCCCCCCCAUCCGGCUGUGACGCUUCCGGUCUCCAGCCCCCCCCCCCCCCCGCUGGAAGGGGCGCCCUGUUCGCUGCGGGAUUCCGGCAGUGCGCGAGCACCCGCAGCCCCGCUCCACUCGGGGUCCCCCUCCGGCCCCCCACCCCAAGCUCAGGUCCUGCGUGGGGGAGAAGCGGGCCUGUUACCGGCGCCUACGGGACGGUCCACAGGCCACCGAGCCGGGGCCCCCCAGGUCCCUGCCCCCCGCGCGAGGACGGGCGCGCUGCUGGGGGGCGACGGCGGAGGUGCCAGCGCGGACCCGAAACGGGCCCGCAAGGUGCGCGCGCUAACACGGAGGGGGGAGGCGGCAGCUGUAGCCCUGGGGUCAGUGCCUCUGGCCCCGACUUGCCAUCGACGCCACGGACGCCUGUGGCCGCCCGCCUCUGGCAAGGCCCGAAAGUCCUGGUGCACUUAGGCGCUUCAGGUUUCUCAUAA